CGCCGCGCGGCCGGGGAGUCUCCGACCCAGUUCACCUGAGCCCCGCAAGGGACAUGGUGACCCUGGCGGGGGGUGCGAGCCGGCGAGACCGAGGGCUUCAUGCGGAAGGAGGAGCAAGUCCGGCCGAGCGCUCGAGGGCCUCUACGGUCAGAAACAAGGCGGAGGUGCUGUCAUUAGUUUCAGGCCAGUGAAAAGCAGCUGGGGCUACACCGUCAUGGGAGAGACGAGUAGAGAUGAGUAUAAAAUCCAGUCUUUUGACGCAGAAACCCAGCAGCUGCUGAAGACCGCACUCAAAGAUCCAGGCGCUGUGGACUUGGAGAAAGUGGCCAAUGUGAUUGUGGACCAUUCUCUGCAGGACUGUGUGUUCAGCAAGGAAGCAGGACGGAUGUGCUACGCCAUCAUCCAGGCGGAGAGCAAACAAGCAGGCCAGAGUGUCUUCCGGCGCGGGCUCCUUGACCGGCUGCAGCGGGAGUAUCAGGCCAGGGAGCAGCUGCGAGCUCGCUCCCGGCAGAGCUGGGUGUGCUAUGUCACCUUCAUCUGCAACAUCUUUGACUACUUGAGGGUGAACAACAUGCCCAUGAUGGCCCUGGUCAACCCUGUCUAUGACUGUCUCUUCCAGCUGGCCCAGCCUGAGAGUCUGAGCAGGGAAGAGGAGGUGGACUGCCUGGUGCUACAGCUGCACCGGGUUGGGGAGCAGCUGGAGAAGAUGAACGGGCAGCGCAUGGAUGAGCUCUUUGUCCUAAUUCGGGAUGGCUUCCUGCUGCCAAUAGCCCUUAGCUCCCUGGCCCGGCUGCUGCUGCUGGAGAUGAUCGAGUUCCGGGCGGCGGGCUGGAAGACCACGCCUGCUGCCCAUAAGUACUACUAUAGCGAGGUUUUGGACUGAGCGAGGCGCCACCUUUCAUGACUCCCCCCCCCCUCUUUUGGCUGGCACCAGAAUCCUUGCCUCUCAGACCCUGCUGGACUUUUCUGCUGGGGCUCUUCCCUUCCUUCCCUCUGGAGCUGUAGAGAAACAGACCUGGUCCCUGGCUGGAGACUGCCCAGCUUCCCUUUUCCUCCAAGUCCUUUCAGCUUCCACCUGGGCCAGGCAGGGAAAGGCAACUCCUAACAACCACUGAAAUAUGUAACCACCGGUGUGAUACUACUACCUUGGUGCCUCAGUUUCCCCAUCUGUAAAGUGGGCCGCUGGUGGGAUGCUCUGGGACUUAAGGGCAGCAGAGAACAAAUACCUGAGGAAGUGUUUUCUAGGUUUUGUACAGAGACACUGGAGAGGCCUGCAUCUUCCCGUCCGUUUCCAUCAGCGACAGGGCCUCGCCAGGUCAGGGGGAGGGUUUCUAAUAAAUUUUUUCUGUAACCAAA